GGGCGCGCCAGAACUUUUCCUCCUGCGCCAUGUGAUUCUCUCUCGCUCUUCUUCUCCACCCCUUUCCCCCUUCUUUCUUCCUCGCCAGCUGGAGCUGCGUAAACUUUUAAAGCCCACUCCUUUUUUUUUGCAAAGGCUGCGGGCAGUGACGACUUUCGGAGGGGUGGCGGCGGCGGAUCUCGCUGGUUGACAUAGUAACUCCUCUCUCUCUCUCCCUCUCUGCUCGCCUCAGUCGGUGUCUGAGGGGCUGCUCGGUUGCUGCCGCCGCCGCGGCCGCCGCCGCCACCGCUACCUUCAUGGACUGCAGCGAGCGACCCCGGCAGCAAAGCGAAGGAGAAGGGCUGCUCGGGGCUUCGCUGCCUCCGCUGGAGCUCCGGCGACCCCGGCUCCUUCGCCAUGGGGACACCGCGCUGCCCGUAGCUGCGAGCGGGGCGGCAGGCGGAGGGUGCGCCCAGCAGGCGAGUCUCCUCCUCGGCGGCGGGAACCCCGGGGCCACUUUUUCUCCUUAUUUCUGAAGGAAAGGCAGCAGCCCCGAGUGCGAGGAGCGCCCCACUCUCUCCACCUUUGUUUGUGUCAGGUUUUUUUUGGGGGGUCAUCCUUUAAAUAAUAAUUCGAGAAGAAAACGAGGGGCUUUCUCAGGGACGACGACCCCAACCAAGAGCGGGGUGAAGCAGCAGCAGCAGCAGCACCAUGAGCCAAAUUGGCCAGCUGCCCUUCGGGCCGAACGGCUCUCCGGCGGCGAGCGGGGCGCGGAGGAAUGACAGCCGCGACUACCUGCUGAUGGACUCGGAGGCGUGUGAGGAGAACUGCACCGCGCCCUACGCUUACUACCCCGCUAGAGGUGCUGAGAACAGACAUGCCCUCCGACAGCAGACUGUUGUCCGAGAGAAAGGCAGGAGGCUUGCAAAUCGCGGACCGGCAUAUAUGUUUAAUGACCACUCAACCAGCCUUUCUAUUGAAGAGGAGCGUUUUUUGGAAGCGGCAGAAUAUGGCAACAUUCCUGUGGUCCGCAAGAUGCUGGAGGAAUGUACCUCACUCAACGUGAACUGCGUGGACUACAUGGGGCAGAAUGCUCUGCAGCUCGCCGUCGCAAAUGAGCACCUGGAAAUCACAGAGCUCUUGCUUAAUAAGGAGAACCUGUCACGGGUUGGGGACGCCCUGCUCUUGGCCAUUAGCAAAGGUUACGUCCGGAUAGUAGAAGCCAUCUUGGGUCACCCUGCGUUCGCCGAAGGCAAGAGGCUGGCCACAAGCCCCAGCCAAUCGGAGGUGCAGCACGAUGACUUUUAUGCCUACGACGAGGACGGCACCCGCUUCUCCCACGAUGUGACCCCCAUCAUCCUAGCUGCUCACUGCCACGAGUACGAAAUCGUGCACACCUUGCUGAGGAAAGGCGCUCGCAUCGAGAGGCCUCAUGACUACUUCUGCAAAUGCAGCGAAUGCAACGAGAAGCAAAAGCACGAUUCCUUCAGCCAUUCCAGGUCCAGGAUCAAUGCCUACAAAGGUCUGGCCAGCCCUGCUUACCUUUCCUUGUCUAGCGAGGACCCCGUAAUGAUUGCCUUAGAACUAAGCAAUGAGCUGGCUGUGCUUGCUAACAUUGAAAAAGAAUUCAAAAAUGAUUACAAAAAAUUGUCUAUGCAGUGCAAAGACUUUGUGGUUGGACUUCUUGAUUUAUGCAGAAACACUGAAGAAGUAGAAGCUAUUCUAAAUGGAGAUGUUGAGCUGCACCACGGGGAGCAUGGACGCCCUAGCCUUAGCCGCCUAAAACUUGCCAUAAAGUAUGAAGUCAAAAAGUUUGUAGCACAUCCAAACUGCCAGCAGCAGCUCCUCUCUAUCUGGUAUGAGAAUCUGUCAGGUUUACGACAACAGACGAUGGCGGUGAAGUUUUUAGUGGUUCUUGCAGUUGCUGUUGGGCUGCCAUUCCUGUCGAUGGCUUAUUGGAUUGCUCCAUGCAGUAAGUUGGGUAGAAUAAUGCGCGGACCCUUUAUGAAAUUUGUGGCACAUGCAGCCUCUUUCACCAUUUUCCUUGGUUUGCUGGUCAUGAAUGCGGCAGACAGGUUUGAUGGCACCAAACUGAAGCCCAAUGAAAGCAGAACGGAUGGAAAACAGCUGUUCAGGAUGAAAACUUCGUGCUUCUCGUGGAUGGAGUUGCUUAUUAUCUCAUGGGUAAUAGGUAUGAUAUGGUCCGAGUGUAAAGAGAUUUGGUCCCAAGGUCCCAAGGAAUACCUGUUUGAGUUGUGGAAUAUGCUGGAUUUCGGGAUGCUAGCUAUUUUUGCAGCUUCGUUCAUUGCGAGGUUCAUGGCGUUUUGGCAUGCUUCCAGAGCCCAGAGCAUAGUCGAUGCGGAUGCGGAUAUGAAGGACUUGAAAACGGCGACAUUGCAUCCCAAUAUAAAAUACUACACUUUGGCAAGAAUAGACUGGGAUCCAUCCGACCCUCAAAUCAUAUCUGAAGGCCUGUAUGCAAUCGCUGUGGUCUUAAGCUUCUCAAGAAUCGCCUAUAUUCUGCCAGCCAAUGAAAGCUUCGGACCUCUACAGAUAUCGCUUGGCAGAACUGUGAAAGACAUAUUCAAGUUCAUGGUCAUAUUUAUCAUGGUUUUUGUGGCCUUCAUGAUAGGAAUGUUUAAUCUCUACUCUUACUACCUGGGGGCAAAGCAAAACGAAGCCUUCACUACAGUGGAGGAAAGCUUCAAGACUUUGUUCUGGGCAAUAUUUGGACUCUCAGAAGUGAAAUCAGUUGUCAUAAACUAUAGGCACAAAUUUAUUGAGAACAUUGGUUAUGUCCUUUAUGGGGUUUAUAACGUCACCAUGGUUAUUGUUCUGUUGAACAUGCUUAUCGCGAUGAUCAACAGCUCAUUCCAAGAGAUUGAGGAUGAUGCUGAUGUGGAAUGGAAGUUUGCAAGAGCAAAACUGUGGUUCUCCUAUUUUGAGGAGGGCAGAACACUUCCGGUGCCGUUCAACCUAGUGCCUAGCCCCAAAUCUCUGAUUUCCUUCUCGCUUAGAAUAAAGAAGUGGAUUUUUAAGUUGUUGUUUUGCAAUAGAAAAGGUUUCCAGGAAGAUGCUGAGAUGAAUAAGCUAGGUCAAAGUAAGGAAUCAAGUAUACGAAGCUCAGAUGACCUCAACUUAAACAUCUUAAGGAAUCCUCAAAGGAAGUAUCAGAAAAUUAUGAAACGUCUUAUAAAGCGAUAUGUACUGAAAGCUCAAGUGGACAAGGAAAGUGACGAAGUCAAUGAAGGUGAGCUGAAAGAAAUUAAACAGGACAUCUCAAGCCUCCGUUACGAGCUCCUUGAAGAAAAGUCACAGAACACAGAAGACCUGGCAGAACUCAUCCAGAAACUUGGGGAGAAACUGUGUAUUGAGCCAAAACAGGAACAAAGGACUUCUCUCUGAAAAAGAAAGUGGGGGGGGGGAAGGGGGGCACACUCCUCCUCCAAGCUGGCAGUCCAGUGAAAGCCAUAUCAAUUCUAUCUACAACCCCACCCCACCCCCCCACAAUUCUCCUUCAAUUGUAAUUGACACUUUUGCAGCAGCUACAAAAGUAGAUACAUCUUGACAAUUCUUUUUCUUUUUGGUUAACUGGGGGAAACCAGCAUUUUGAGCAGAUGUUAUUUAACCCCAUCCACGGAGGCCAACUCAACCAUUGAAAGGAAAAGACAUAAAAUAUGGUUUGAGAAGAAGCCGCACAAUUAAAGACUUUUAAUUACUGGUUCUACUGGUGCCAGGGAGCUAUCUUGUUCUCUCACUCUCUUUCACACUCCCACUAACGUGCACACGUAUUUUGACACUUCAAACGUAUGCCUACUUAGAAGUAAAUUCCACUGAGAUGAAUGAGGUUUACAAAUUAAGCAUUUAGGAAUAAGGUUCUGAUCACUUUCUUCUUUUCUUUUCUUUUUUUAAAAAAUGAACUGGUCUUUCUUUAAAUAAACAACAACAAAAAUACAAUUACAUUACUUUAAUUAAAGUAAAAAAGAAAUAAUUUCUGUUCCAUUAACUAAGUGCUUGGGAUGGACAAGAGGAAGGCUCAACAGAGCACAUCUGAAAGCCAUGAUGUUACCGUGACAUUACAGUGUUUUCUUCAAAUCCCUCCAUUGCAAGAAGGCGUUCUGGUACAUUUCUUUGGGAGUGCAUCUACAAUACAAACCCAUAUUGGCUUAAUCGCCGAGGGUUUCUCCAAAGAAUCCUAGGUGAGGGGUGCUAAGAUCAGUAGUCCUCUUCCUCUUCAGAGAACUACAAUCCACAGCAAUCACUGGGGAGAAAUGUUUAAAUGCUUUAAGUCUCUAUUGCAGAUACGUCCAAGGACCAAGGUGCCAAGAGCCUUGAUAUCCAUCCCACGAAAGGCGUUCCACUGCCAAGCAGCAAUUCCUAGUAUCUGCCUUGUCUGCGUUUAGCAUUUUUCCUUGGCGAAUGUUUAUAUGUUGAGAUACACCAUAUGAGUUGCAUUGAGCUAAGUCGUAGAGUUGAUACGCUACAAUCAGUGGGCAUUUAUUUCAGUGGGUCUACUCUGAAAAAAAAAUCAGUCCAUUUGUUUCAUUGGGUUUCCUCUGAGAAUAAUGCAAUGGGAUGCAACCCAAUGUGUCUAGGAGCAAAUGACUGGAACCAUAAGUGUUCUUAGGGAGGUACGCUGUAUGCCUGGUCUAUGACUGCCUUACUCCCUUUUCGGCCCUGAUCCAUUGUGCAUCCCUGUGAUAAAUAACUGAUAACCAAAAGCCAGCCCUACCUUGUCUCAUUUCACAUGUUUGUAUUGCUACCACCUUUCAUCUAGUAACAGCACCACUGAAAGAACAACCCACACAAGCAAACCUUCCAUUAGUCAUGGCCAGGUAUUUGAUGGCGGUUGCACUUUGAGUCUACACAAGUUUGAUACAGAUAACCCUUUUUGCCCAGUGUGGCCCUUCGAGAUGUUGUUGGGCUUUAACUCCCAUCAACCUCCCAUCAAAUGAGUCAGCAGUGUGAUGCAGCAGCUUAAAAAGCCAAUGCAAUUCUGGGCUGCAUCAAUAGGAGUAUAGCAUCUAGAUCUAGGGAAGUAAUAAUACCACUGUAUUCUGCUCUGGUCAGA